AUGGGAAACCAAUUUGCUGAUACUAAUUUGGAGUUGAUAGAACAAGUUGAAGUAGAUGAAUUUUUGCAAAGUAAAGAAGUUGGCUUGCUCAGGGUUUAUAUGCAUUAUUUCCCUUCUGAGUUUCAUUUUGGAUUAUUGGGAUUUAAGGGGAGAAGUGGUCUGGUAUGGAUUGAUGUUGAAGAUGCCAAGGAUGUCCUGGAAGGUGAAAAGCAAUCUUUGAAUGAUUCUCUCCCUAACCAGUACAAGGAAAGACAUUGGGAUCUAAAGCAGCUAGUUGGAUCUGGUGGAAUGCCAUCAUCACAUUCUGCUACAGUUACUUCACUCGCCAUUGCUGUUGGACUCCAUUAUGGUUUUGGGAGUUCCUCGUUCGCUACUGCAAUGAUUUUUUGCAUGUGUUGUAAGCAAUUCAUCUAUGGAGUACUUUUCCAUGCUGAAAAGCAGGCUGAGGUGUUGAAUCAAAUUGUAUAUGGACUUCCAUCAGAGCACCCUCUAGCUGAUACAAGACCUCUGCGUGAACUUGUAGGGCAUACUCCUACUCAGGUUAGUUCAGUUGAUUAUCAUUAAGUUACAGUUCUAAUCUAAUGUAUGUAUGGAAGAUUGAGUUGAAAGUUAAAACUGUUACAUGCCCAAAACCACUAUAUGAUGCAAAAAAAAAAAAUUCUCAGAAUUUAGGUAUGAAAAAUAAA